UUCGACAUCAUCCCGCCCGCCUCCCCCCCCGGCCGCGACCCCCUUUGACCGUCCGAUGUGUCCGGCCGCACCGCACUGCGCCAUCUCUGUUCCUGUGCCAGCGCCGUGCUUCUUCCUCUGAUGCCAUCGCCGUCGUUCCUUUAAUUUGUCGACACGGAGGCGACCGCCCAGUCGAGCCGGCCCACGACCUCUCCAGCUUGCUUGCUACGCGCCGCGUUAUUAGUCGUUCCGCUAAAACGCCCCCUUUCCUGCCUGCGGGAAAGCGUCUUUGGUGGCCACCACAACGCGUCGCGUAACAAGCUCACGACGGCCCCGACGUUAACCCCCGGGCUCUCGAGAGCGCGAGCGAGCGAGUUUUGGAGUCGAGACGCGGGGAGAUAGAGAGAGACUCAGCUGCAGGCGACGGGUUCUUCGUCUGCGCUGAUCUCGCUAGGUGAGUACGCGGACGCAGCCCAUCAUCCCGCCCACCGACUCCCUUACCGCAUGGUGUGCACUCGAGGCAAACGGACAACACCCAGCUAAAUCCAGGCGCGCCAAGGUUUCCGUAACGACGUCGCCGCAAAGUUCGCCGGCGGCUUCUGGUCCUCGUGCAUGCGCACAGGACGGCCCUGACGAUUCCUCGUCUGAGAUUCAACCUCAGCCGCAGGUGUCACCAGCUCUAUCCACCGCGUCCACUGCCGACGGCGACGAAGACAUCGAGUCGUCUCCCGCGCUCCCGCCUCUUCCUGCCCCAGUUCUGCCUGGACGGGUCGCCGACCUCCUGCGGACGCCGCCUCCCGAGGCGGGCGAAUUUGGCACUGCCAGCUGGGGCUCCCCGUACCCCCAGACGGACGCCAAUCUCCGCCGCCAGAGCUUCAGCAGCGAGCUAUCGGACGACUCGCCCAUCCACCACCUCAACAUCGACACUCCUUUUCUGCGACAGCAGCCUGACGUUGCGCCUUCCGAACUCGAGUCGCAGCCGCCGAUCAGUGCCGCGGCUGCAGUUCUUGCGAACAGGGCAAGACGCCGGCAGAGGGGCCUGACGGAAGAUUGGAUCCGUACGCACACCACGGGCAUCGUCAACGCGGAACCGAAGCACUGGUUCAGCGACGGCAGCGACUCUGAGCACUCUUCACUGAGCGGCUCGGAACUAGCUUGGUUUGCUGACGGCGACGUUCGCACCCCCAAGCCGAGUCGCCAAGUGAGCGGACAGUCGGCGAAGAGACGCUCUCGCCACCGACGCUCAAAGUCUAGCCUCGAGACACUGAAACCCGGGCUCUCCAUCAGCCUCAAGCCGGGCGAAUCAAUCGCCAUGGCCUCAGCUCGUGACCCGGAUGCUGCGCCGGCUACCGAGCCCGAGUCAUCGUUGGCUACCGGCGAGCGCGACGUUUCUCCGACUGUCGAGUCACCCGAAGAAAACACGUUUGAGAACGCAAUGGAUGGAGAACUUAAGCGACCUGCAACGCCUGCCAAAGGCUCAGAGAAACCAUUGCCUCAGGAGCCAAUGGCUAGUCCCCGUCUCCGGAAGAAGGUGCCAUGGAAAGGAAAGAACAUCAUGAUCGCCCUGCCACGCGAUGAUCAACGCGGACGACCCGGAAACACCCCGAUGCCUCUCCGCGCUGACGACAUUGAGCGAAUGUUUGACUCUUGGAAGGAGCUGGGGUACUCUGUCGACGGGUUCGACCUCGUGGCGGAAGGCUCUCAGCCGCAAGAAACCGCAGAUUCGCAAAGUCGACUGGGCUGGCCGGAUCCUGACGAGCUGACCCAAGAGCGGUCUAUGAGGACGUACCAAGUGACUUUGCCAGAUCUGAAUGCUUGGGCCAAUUACGUCAAUGAGCUCCAGGAGGCCAAGCUCCGUGCACUGGGCGUCUCCUCCGGAGACGAUGAAGCCCAGGCACCAUCCACAUCUCCGCCGACCACGGAUCCUUCGCGACAGCCGUCUGCGCAGUAUCCGCCACUGCCCUUCUCCCCUCCGCUGCCGACGUCGUCGGCUUCCAGCAAUCAGGCCAUUGCUGGUUACCCUUUCCCGGGCCAGUUUAUCCCGCCUGUUCAGAGCCCCGGGCUUCCGACGGGAGCAUCACCUGUCCCCUUUGCGGCGGUGCCUGGGAAAUUUAACCCUCGCCAAUCCAUCUCACUGCCGGCCGGCAGCUCACCGUUCCAGUUGUCUGCUCAGUCUCCCCAGGGAUGGCAGAGCCAAAGUGGCAUCCUCCAAGGCCUCAAUCGUCACGACUCGCCUUCGCUGGCUCAUCUUAGCGGCAUGCUCUCGCCGCAGUCUCCAUUCGGGCUUGACGCUCUGCAGCAGACCAUGAACCCGUCUUUCAACGUGCACAACCGACAUCAGUCACUGCAGUACUUCCCCCAACAGAUGGGCGCCAGGGCCUCGCCGCGCUUGCAGGAAGUGCGUGAGGAGGAGGAUGAGCUUGCUAACAAGAGCCCGUCGAAGACGCCAGAGCCCCCACAGCAGCAACAGCAGAACCCGGAGAGCCUGCAAGCCGAGAUCGACGACGCCGAAUACCAUCUCGAGGAGCAGCUUCGAAACCAGCUUGAGCACGAGGACUACAACCCACAGAACCAAGCCGAGAGACCCGUUGCCGCAGCCCAUGUUGAAACGACACACUCUCGCGAUGGGUCUAACAAUGUCCAGGUUGCGGAGCGCUUUGCACAGGAGCCUGGCAAACCGUUGGUAUUGCAUCAUCCCCGUCCUCACAGCCGAGGCCACUCGCUGUCGCAAAACUUCUUCCGCGAGCAUGAAGAGACUCAAGACGGCACACAGGCUGGCCGCAACCAGCUGAAUGCCCUGAAUGAUAUUCCGGAGCAGCAAAAGGUUGACGAGACUUACGAGAUCGAGACCAAUCCUAGCAACCUUGGCACUCCCGUUCAGGACUUUGACUUUGCCGCUGCCCUUGGACACCACCAGAAGGCUCUAUCGAACUCCAGCAACCCGUGGCAAGACCAUGUCUCGACGACGAGCACCAGACGGUCCAGUCAUGGCAGCAGGCCGUCAUUGUCUGGGCUUAAUGUGCAGGCACCGGAGUUCAAGUUCAACCCCGCCAAUACCUUCACACCCGGCUUGUUCAACUUCUCGGGCAACAAUUUCCAGCCGGCCGUGUUCCAAGCCGGCAACGUCAUGGGCUCUCCGGCUAACUCCGUCUCGCAGCAUGGCGGCUCAGGCAGGUUUCACGCAACGGCCCCGUCAUUUUCUCCUGGACAGACAGACUUCAGUUUUUCGACAUCCGGGCCCAAGUUCCGACCUGACGCGCCAGCAUUCACGCCGUUGCAAUCCCUCUCUGGCUCGGUCACCAGCCCGAUUGGGUCUGGUAGCGAAAGUGGGAAGAGAAAGUCCAUCUUUGGAAACAUUAACAUCCAGACGAGCGACAUCAUCAAGCCGCCAAAGAAGUCCAAGGCUGUUCCCAUCGUCAGGCCGUCUAGCAGAUCGUCUGCCAAAUCGGCCAAGAUUUCCGUGCGAGACGAUGACAUUCGCGAAGGCGACGAUACUCAUUUCGCGAAUGACAUGCCGCGCGUCAAGCGAGCCAUGAGCGAGGCGCCAGACGGCAAUGACGUGCCUCUAUUCGCCGAUCGGCCAAAUGAUGACGGCCAUGAUGGGCACAGCGGCGCGGAGGAGGUCUCUGCCCUUGAGGAGGGCGACGACGUGCUGCCCGUGGACACGUCAGUUUCAUCGAUGGCGACGGAUCAUAUGGAUACACAGGCUACGACCGCGGCGGCAUCUGAGACCUCCCCCGCAGCUUUGAACGGGCAUUGGACUCCGUUUGAAUUCGACUCCAAAUUCGAAGCUCAAAACUUUAGCGAGGCGCAGGCCUUCGGAGACACCGGUCUGGGCCUGGCAGAGCACAAGAAGUCCAUGUCUGCCACGGCGGAGCCGUUCGUGCCUAGUGCGGCGUGGCCAUCUGAUGAGCAAGAUCAGGACAAGACUAUUCAACCCGAGGCUCCAGCGGCCAAAGAUCGCGAGCCCUCACCUCCGCCUGCAAGGCGGACAAUUACUCCAAAGGGAUUGGGCGCCUCCCGCUUCGCUUCACCACCACCAAAGCCGCAAGGCCUGGCGGGCUCGCGCUUUGCGAGGGAGCCAUUGCCAGAAGAACCCCAGAAGCCCUUGUCAGACGAGGAGAUCAUCGAGUCUGUGGAAGAGCAAGACGAUACAGCUCCUCUUGGACGACUCAUUGACAUUGGAGACGAUCGUGAGCCAACAUUUGAGGAAAUUGACGCGGUCAUGCAGCAUCUCGAGACUGACCCAUCGAUGGGAGUCAACAAAAACAAGGAGGUCGUUCCGCAAUGGCAACGAUCGGCUACAGCUGAGACCGAGAUUGAUGCUCGAAUGCAUGAGCUGCAGCUACCAGUAGACGGCUUUAACGGCGAUGGCGCGAGCACCACGCCUCGUCAAUAUCAUGCGACGCCUGAGGCUCCUCCGAUGCUUAGCACGGAAUUGGAGGACCCCUUCGUCGACCCGCCCGUCAGUCCUCGCUCUCCGGAUCUCGACAAUGAGUUUGACGAGCCCCAGAUCGAGAGCGAGCUUGCCAGUGACUGGGAAGGUGCCUUCACUGAAGAUGAGCAUGACAAGCUCGCCAACCGGACCCAAUUCUUUGACGGACGUGUCAACGAGCUGGUGGGCAACCUGCUGGCAUCCAGACUGGAGCCCCUGGAGAGAUCUCUGUCCUCUAUCCAGAAGGCCCUGGUACCCCGAUCGCGCCGUGCCCCUUCCUCUCGUCGCGACAUGCGUAGCAUGUCUAUCGAAUUCCAGGAGAGCGAUGCUGAUGACGAGGAUGACGGCUUGCCUGUGCCCCGCCUGUCUGCCAGCCCGCGCCGAGACCGUAGGAUGGAGUUCAUUAAGGCUGCUGUUAUUGAAGCGUUGAGUACGCAAGACCGUCAGCAGCCUAUUGCUCAAGAAGAGAUCCCUGCGGAAGAGUCCACGCUACGCAAGGCGCUCGACGAAAUGAAGGAGCAGAUCGCCGCCAGCUUACAGACUCGAUCUGAGGAGCAGGAGCGGGCUAACAAACACGGCGAUGAAAUCCGACAGCUUCUCACAGCUAGACCUGACGAACAGCUGCUGAACAAGGUCGAGGACCUCCAGUCCAGGCUCGCCGAGGCGGAAGAGCGCCUCCAGGCCCAGCAUGCCCACGCCGAAAAGCAAGUCACAGAGCGCAGGGCUGCUGAGGACGCCGCCGCGGAGCUGCAUCGCAAGCUGCAGAGCGCUGAGACUCGGGUGGAAGUUGAAAUUAUCAACCGAAGCGUGUUCGACCAGCGCGUUGCGGACCUCGAGGAUCGUCUGAGGCAGCAGGAGGACAAGACGGAGGAUGAGGUCAAGAUUCGACGCAGUGCCGAGGAUAGGCUCUCCGAGGUACAGCGUCUGCUAAGAAUCUCAUCUGAAGAGGAGAAUCGCCUUAGAGAUGUCGUUGAGGAGCGCGACCAGAAGAUCAAGGCUCUGGAGGCCAGCGGUGGUAAGACCGCCAUGCGCAUGACUCUGCUGGAGGCUGCACAAACCAAUUCCUCACAAUCGCAAACGGAGAUGACCAACAAGGUCAACGCUCUCGAGGCGGACCUUCGAAACGUACGCCAGGACAAUAAUCACUGGCGGGCUGAGGCCGAACGAGCCGACGAAGCCGCUCGACGCAAGUCUGGCGAGCUGGCCUACGUGAUGGAGGAGAACAAGCACAUGCAGAAGACACUCAGCACUUUGGCCACGCAGCUGGAAGAGAAUGAGCGUCUGCGCGAGACGUGGCGCACCAAGUUCCUCUCUCUGCAGGACGACAUGGGCAAGGCAGCUCGCGACAUUGCCGAGGAGAAUGCGCGCCGCAUCAAGAGAGAUCAGACUAUGAUCGCCCGUCAGGAAGUGCUUGAUGCCAGAUUGCAGGCCGAGGCCAAGACGCGCGAGCGUCUGGAGAUCGAGAUGGAGCGUCUCCAGAUGAACGAGCGGGCGGGAAUGCGUGCCGUGAGCGAGAACAAGCGCCUCGAGGGCUUGUUGGCGGAGCUGCGCACCGAGAACCACAAGUUACAGCAGGCCGCGUCUCGUUACCAGCGGGAGUUUGAGGAGGCCCGCGAGUCUGGCGCCAGCGAAGUCAAGCGUACCCGGAUGGCCCUGCAGACGGAGAUUGAUGCCGCCAACAACCACGUCAACGUUGUCCGCGAAGAGCUCGAGGAGCAGAACUCGAAGCUUCGUAGUGAGCUGGACAAUGUUAAGCUGGAGGCCGACACGGCCAAGGCCCAGAAUGAGAUGCUGCUCGAGGAGGCCCAGACCACCAAGGCCACCGAGCUGGAGCAGCUCAAGCGCAAGCUCGAGAACGAAGCCGAGGACAUGCAGGCUCGCUACGAGCGACAGGUCAGCAACGUCACCGAGGACGCCCAGCGAACAGAACAACAGCUUCUCGAGCGCCUCAGCUUGUCGUCGUCCAAGAUUGAGCACCUGCAGGAUCGCAUUGUGCACCUCGAGGACAAGCUCGAAAUCGCCAAAGAAGCCGCCGCAGCUGCAGCACAGGCUGCCAAGUCUGCUGGUGUAGAGCCCGGACCCGCUGCCGCUGUCAUUGCCUCUCAGCCCAAGGCCGUCGACAGAACACUCGAGCCACCCGAGAAGAUAUCUCCGCAGGCCCUCCGCGAGUCCAUCAUGGUUCUUCAGGAGCAACUCCAGGCCCGCGAACAGAGGAUCGAGGAACUGGAACAGAUCGUGGCCAAGUCCGAUCCUGACGCCGCCUCCAAGAUCUCGAAGCGAGAUGAUGAGAUCAGCUGGCUUCGUGAGCUGCUCAGCGUGAGGCACGGCGAUCUCCAGGAUAUCAUCACCGCGCUCUCUGGAGACAGCUACAAUCGUGAGGCGAUCAAGGAUGCCGCUAUCCGCCUCAAGGCCAACCUCCAGAUGGAGGAACAGGAACGGGAGAGAGCCAUGAACGGUGGCUCGGCCAUCACCUUGCCCAACAUUGCCCACACAAUUCAGGCCGCGACGCCACGGGUCGCUCAGGCUGUCGGCCCGAUCGCUGCGGCCUGGGGAAGCUGGCGCAAGUCAAGCCAGCCCUCGUUCCGCAGCAUCUCUGCCGCGCUCAACUCCCCCGCUGGGAGCAACGCCACGCCUUCUAAGAGCAGAGGCGUCAUGGGCCCCCAGAACAGCCUGCUCGGGGGACUUUUGACGCCGCCCGCGUCGGGCCUGCGCCAGACGCCGCCUGUGGACAACCGGCCACAACCGACCGCCUUUGCCAGCACUGGGCGUCGUUAUACGUCCCAGAGCAGCGCGCCGCUUCGUCCUCGAGGUGAAUCGACUGCUUCCCGUCGAUCGGAUGUGCUACCUUCGGUUCAAAGCACCCCCCCGCGCCAGCUCGAGCGGAGAGAUCACCCUCAGACGCCGCCUAUGAUGCGUGAGAGUGGGUAUGACUCAGAUGCUCAGCCGGGCGACUUUGACGAUCAUGACUUCUUUGAAGAGGAUUAAGCCUCCGACGCUAGACACGCCCGCACGUGUCGAGGAUGACACGGUGGCGACGUCUAUUACAACACACUACUCGACCUUUCCUUUGUUUAAUGCUUUGUCGCAAGAGAGGUGGACACAAAAUGGCUAUCGAAGACGAGCAGACGUGCGCAGUGCUCAUGAAUCACUGCGCACAAUUGCAUUCUUUUUCUUCUUUUCUAUUCCACUCAGAUUGCGAAAUACCACACAUCACCACUUGAACCUAGAAAGAUACCCCCUUUGGAUUGGCUGUUGCUGUUUUUUCUUUUCAUUACACUUUCGGAGCAGCCUCGUUCGAUGACAGUCGCUCGCGGCCUCCCCCCCUUUUCAGCACGCAUUUUCGGUUUUCACGAGCUUGAACAUGAGCUGCGGCGGCUGCGGAGGUGUGUUCGCUCCGUUUCCUUUGUGGGACGCAUAGCGGUGAUAGGUGAGGGGGGCGAGAGAGAGAGAGUGACUGACGGAAGAGAGGAAGGGGAAGAAACGGGCGGGGUAGAGUGAGAGAGCUCGCUUGAUUCUCUGGAGAGCGCCGUUUUAAGUGGACAUGGAGGGCGGGUAUGGGUAUACCGGCCUUGUUCAUUUUUUAUCAGACCCCCUUUUUGUGAGAAAUGCUGUAUGAGGUACAUAGUAAUAAUUGCCCUCCCCCUUUCCCCC